AUGCGUUCACUGAUAUGUUGCAGGAAUCCGCAAAGCUUAGAAAGUGCAAUCACUAUUCUACAUGAGUGUGGAUACGCACAUUAUAAUCCUUAUAAUAAAUCCCUUACUCCUAAACUUAAUACACAACAACAUAAAGACACUGACACUGCUAUACAAAAGAAAAGACCAAUGAACCCAAACACAUCUUGGCAACCUAGAUCAUUUAACCACCAAUAUAUGAACCCAUCAUUUGAGUCUUAUAGACCAAACAAUUUUAAUACAUCGUGGCAACCUAGAACAACAAAUAAUAAUUAUAUAAAGCCCCCAUUCGAUCACUAUCGAUCAAAUAAUACUAGUUAUAAUGCAAAUAGGCAACCUAAUAAUAAUAACUACAUAAAACCACCGUUUGAGCAUAAUCGACCCCAUCCAAAUAACUAUAAUAAUACCCAGCACUACAACAGUAACAAUCAGAAUCAAAACCCUUUCAGGAAUUCUAACAAUUCAAAUAAUCGUAACACUCAAGAACCUAUGGAAAUAGGACUUGCUCAAAGAAGACCAUUAAAGUUUAUAAUCGAUACUGGAGCCACCCAUUCAAUUAUAAACCCAGAAAUAUGCCACCCUAAAUGGCAUAUUGAUUUAGAAGAACCACUUAAUCUUAAGACACUCAGUCACAAUAUUAAAAUAAAUAAAAAGGCACAGAUUCCUCUAUUUAGCGAAUUAGGUGACAGCAACAUAAGAACAGAAUUCUUAAUUUGUCAAUUCCAUACCGAAUUUGACGGAUUAAUAGGAAAUAACAUAUUGACACCUUUAGAAGUAAAUAUAGACUAUAAAAAUAAAUUGAUAAAAACAAAAGACAAAAUCAUAGAAUUGCAUUUUAAUAAUAAAGUCCCUACAUCAGUUAAACUUACCGAAAUAGAUGUACCUGUUAAACAAGAAAAAGGACUGGGAUAUAUAAAUGAAACCAUAUUAGGAGAUAACUUAAUAAUAAAAGAAGGAAUUUAUAAUAUAGACAAUUAUGUCAUGAUUGCAAAUGCAGAGGUAAUUGGAAGUAACACAGAUUUGAAGAAAAUACUAAACUAUCGUUUACAAAUGCUAUUAAACAUAGAAUAA